AUGGCGGUUGUAAAACCUGUAAUUGAACAAGAACAGGCAAAAGCCUUAGUGAUGUUAAGGCAUCAUUUACAUGAAGGCCUUAAAACCGAGUAUAUGAUGUUUGAAGAUCCUAAAGAAUUAUGGGAUUGCCUUAAUGAAAGAUUUGGACACCACAAAAGGGAUUUCAAAUCUAUAACUGAUUACAAUUCAACCAUACAUGAGAUAGUAUCUAUACUAAGAUACUAUGAUCAUCCGGUCACCGAUGAACAGAUGAUUGAGAAAACACCCACUACCUCUCAUGUAAGCAACAUACUGUUGCAAGAACAAUAUCGUGAAAGAGGCUUCAAAAAGUUUAAUGAAUUGAUGAGUGUAUUGCUUGUUACUAAACAAAAUAAUGAUCUUUUGUUGAAAAAUCAUAAUCUUAGACCAAUUGGGUCUUUGGCCACUCAUGAGGCAAAUGCCACAAAUUCUUAUCCACCCGAGGCAAAUGCAACACAAAGAGGUGGACGUGGAAAUUGCAAUGGCCGUGGAAGAGGCCGUGGAAAUUAUUGUAGACGAGGCCGUGGACGUGGGCAUUGGGGACGUACUUGUCGUACAACCAAACGUUUGGUAGAUCUUUACCAGGUUUCUGUACAAGGCAAAGGGACAAAUGAAGAAGCAAAUUAUGUUAAUGAAGAAAUUGCUCCUUGCCCUAGCCUUGAUGUGUCUGAUUAUUUCAUGGACAAUGCUGAAAUUGGAAAUGAUUUCAUCUUUGGAGAAAAUAACGAUGUUUAG